CCGAAGUUGCGCCGGACCUUGGCCCUGACAGUCGGAGCUCCCGGCGCGAUCCCUCCCGCUGUCCUUCUCCGCCGCCACCCGCUGUCCUUCUCCGCCGCCACCCGCUGUCCUCCGCGUCCAGCCCUCUGCGCCAGCAUGACGGGCUCGCUGUUCAAGGCAAACUUCUGGAGCACGGACAUUCUCAGCACUGUCGGCUACGACAGCAUCAUCCAGCAUCUGAACAAUGGCCGCAAGAACUGCAAGGAAUUUGAAGAGUUUUUAAAAGAAAGGGCAUCAAUUGAAGAGAAAUAUGGCAAAGAUCUGCUGAGUCUCUCCAGGAAGAAGCCAUGUGGACAGUCCGAGAUCAAUACCUUGAAGAGAGCCCUCGAGGUCUUCAAGCAGCAAGUAGACAAUGUGGCCCAGUGUCACAUCCAGCUUGCACAUACUCUGAGAGAAGAGGCCAGGAAGAUGGAGGAAUUCAGGGAAAAGCAAAAGCUGCAGCGGAAAAAGACAGAAACUAUAAUGGAUGCUGCCCACAAACAAAAGAACUCUCAAUUCAAGAAAACUAUGGAUGCCAAAAAGAAUUAUGAGCAGAAGUGUCGGGACAAGGAUGAGGCGGAGCAGGCUGUCCACCGCAGUGCCAAUGUGGCCAACCCAAGGCAGCAGGAAAAGCUUUUUGUGAAACUGGCAACUUCAAAGACUGCAGUAGAGGAUUCAGAUAAAUCGUACAUGCUGCAUAUCAACAUGCUAGAGAAGGUCCGGGAAGACUGGCAGAGUGAGCACGUGAAGGCCUGUGAGGUGUUUGAGGCUCAAGAAUGCGAGCGCAUCAACUUCUUCCGGAAUGCGUUGUGGUUACAUGUCAAUCAGCUGUCCCAGCAAUGCGUCACAAAUGAUGAAAUGUAUGAACAAGUCCGUAAGAGUCUGGAAAUGUGCAGCAUUGAGAAGGACAUCCAGUAUUUUGUGAACCAGCGUAAAACUGGACAGACCCCACCAGCACCCAUCAUGUAUGAGAAUUUCUACUCUCCUCAGCGGAAUGCAGCCCCACCGGGAAAGACCACAGGGCCCAAUGUAGCAAGGAGAGGACCUCUCCCAGUUCCUAAACGUCUACCAGAUGACCCUGAUUAUUCCUUGGUUGAGGACUACACUUUGCUCUAUCAGUAGCACCUGUGGUGAAAAGAAAGCUUUCCUCAGUUACUGCUUCCGUGACGUCAAAAGAGGCCCUGAGAGCAGCACAAUCCGUAACCAAAUCGUGUCAAUCAUGAAGACUUCGAUGUGAACCCUUGUGGAACAUUUUUUGAUAUUUUAAAUUUAUAGUAGACAUUUGACUCAACCUAGUCAAGUAGAGGUCUGCAGAGUUCUUUUUUUUUUUUUUCUCCGAAAGUUUACAUACUGCCCCAGAAGGAAGAAUUAUUAUUUCCUGGUUAGUUACUAAGAUUAUGAGUGUUGUUUCCUGUCUGGAAAGCAAGGCCACUCUGGAUUCUGAGUGUCGGCUUGGGCAGGCAAGGCUGCAGAAGAUGCUCCUUGGGCGGUGAGAAGUAGGGGCAUGAAAACAGCUACGGCCUCUCUCAGUGGUGCGAUAUUUAACAUGGCCGCUGUUUUCGGCUGAAAGAUGUCGCCACGUCCGAUCGGACCUGCUCAUUUUACAGAUGGGGAAAUAAGACGCAGCAGGGCGAGAUCAGUUUCCUUACGAUUCUGACAGCCAGUGAGAAGAGACAGAACCAGACCUAGCCGAUAAGUUUGUUCUACAGCGCUAGUCUAUUCUUCCAGCCCUUCGCGCGGCUGCCAUGCUCGUGCUCAAGCUAAAGAAGGGCGGGCAAGUUGGAUCAGGGAGUAAAGGUGCUUGUGCAAGUGCGAGGUCCUGGGCUCCGCUGCUGCAGCUCACAUAAGGGUGGAAGGCCUCCACACACGUGCUGUAGCACAUGCACAGCUGUGAUUGACAGGCAUGCACUUUAGCCUCCACACACAUGCUGUAGCACACACACAGCUGUGAUUGACAGACGUGCACUUUAGGCUUUACACACGUGCUGUAGCACACACACAGCUGUGAUUGACAGACGUGCACUUUAGGCUUUACACACGUGCUGUAGCACACACACAGCUGUGAUUGACAGACGUGCACUUUAGGCUUUACACACGUGCUGUAGCACACACACAGCUGUGAUUGAUGGGCGUGUAUUUUAGCCUC